AUAAAUAUUCUCUAAAUAAAUCCCGUAUUUCGAGGUACAUUGAAUUCGACUUCAUCCCUUACAAAUUGGAAUUUCAAGUUUCUCUUCUUUUCUUCUCACAUCGCCAUAGCAGAGUUUCUUGAAUGGGGUCUCUAGAGCAAGAACAACUUCUUGAUUCUCCGCUUCAUGUUGACAACUCUGCUUCUGCAGGACUCCUUGACAAACACAAUAGGGAGCUGGAGCAUUUGAGUCUGACGAAUCAGCCACUAAAGACAGUUAAAUUCUUCUGUUUAGCUGUUCUUAAGUGUCUUCACCAAUUUUCAGUUAACACUAUGAAGUGCAACUGUCUAGUGGUCAUACUGCUGGCAUCUGCAGGUGGGAGUUUACUUUUUACACGUGGUAGGGCGUAUGAGGAGACACUGCAGCCUGUUCAGGAGCUUCUCAGGUAUCUACGGUUUGGACUCUGGUGGCUAGUUCUUGGUGUGGCUUCAUCAAUUGGCCUGGGUUCUGGUCUGCACACUUUUGUCUUGUACUUGGGCCCUCAUAUUGCUCUAUUCACCAUAAAAUCUGUGAGCUGCGGAAGGGUUGACAUAAAAAGUGCUCCAUAUGAUACAAUUCAAUUAAGAAGUGGUCCUUCAUGGCUGGAUAAGGACUGUUCUGAAUUUGGCCCACCAUUAUUUUCUCUACCCGGUGCACGGGUACCAUUGACCAGCAUACUAAACCAGAUUCAGUUGGAAGCUAUAUUGUGGGGUAUUGGAACAGCUCUCGGAGAGCUUCCUCCUUACUUCAUCUCUAGAGCUGCUAGUAUAUCUGGUCGUGAAGGUGAGCUUAUGGAAGAUUUGGAUUCUGCUUCAAAAGAAGAUAGUGGAAUUAUCAGCAACCACUUAAAACAGAUAAAAAAGUGGCUUCUUUCUAACCGACAGUAUUUGAAUUUCUUCACAAUUCUGGUUCUUGCGUCGGUGCCAAAUCCUCUGUUUGACCUUGCUGGUAUCAUGUGUGGGCAAUUUGGUAUUCCAUUUUGGAAAUUCUUUACAGCAACUCUGAUCGGGAAGGCAAUUAUUAAGACUCACAUACAGACGGCAUUUAUUAUUUCAGUUUGCAACAAUCAACUGUUGGACUUGAUAGAAAAUCAAUCAGUUCGGGUGCUUGGUCUCAUUCCUGGAGUUGCCUCGUUCCUGCCAAACAUCAUUUCCAAACUACACACCGCUAGAGAGAAGUACAUGGUAGCAUCCCCUCCAGUGUCUAGUGUUAAGGCAAAAAAGUGGGAUCUUUCGCUUGGUUCAGUGUGGAACACUGUUGUAUGGCUCAUGCUGUUGAACUUCUCAGCCAAGAUUGUAAAUACAACUGCCAAGGGCUAUCUUAGAGAGCAACAAGAAAAGGAGCUCGCUGCACUUGAAAAUAAUCGUGCCAGGGAAUGACAUAUUCAUAGUAGUUCAGUAGGAAGGUUCCGAUUUAGUUGCUGCUAGUUCAUUAAAAAAAUGAUCCUUUUUAGCAGCUGGUAAUAGAUUGUGGUGUACGUUUUUGAAGUGCCAUAAUCUGAUUAUUGUAUUGGAAGUUCACCGCAUACAAGAGGGAGAGGCUUCUUUUUAUGUCCUCAGCCCCUACUUCCUUUAUACACCAAAAAUACACCAUGUACGUGAAUCAUAAUUCAAUGACGAAACAAAUCAGUUCGGAAAGGAUCAUCUUAUAUGAUACUAUAAUUUUUAUUUGCCAUAAGACUUCAGUUUGUGACAUGCAUCUAAUCUACACAUUACAGUUGAGCUCUUGCCACUAAAUCAAAGCUCUUUAA